GGCCUGAAACUUGUUGGGUUGAUGAAUAUAUCAAUGCCGAGCUAUAACAAGGUGCCAACUGCACCUCCUCCGAUGGCUUCCGCGGAAACUCUUUUCUCCCUCCGAUCCCAUCUCAGGAAUGAUCCAAAUUCUUCAGUACUUCCAACUAGUCCGCCUAGUAAUGGGUUAAACCAGAUGUCGGAUCGGAAUGGUAACAGUGAAGGAUUAACCUCUGGUCUUACAAAUAUCAUGAGUUUCGAACAGUUUAAAAGGUUGGACUCUGAUGCCAAAAAUGCUGAAAUACUGCGACUUUUACCUCUGAUGAAUCCACUUGCUUCAGAGUUUACUGGAUUGAAGAAAACUCUCGAGCAAGCUUUCUCUAAGAUAGAAGAGGUGGAACAGAGAAGAGAACAGCAGGACAUUAAUAAUACAGUUUGCCUUGGAUCCCCUGUAUCCACCUUCUCAUUUCCAGGAUAUCUCUCUGAACAACAGGCACCAGAUCCUUUUAUCAUUGCUAAAUCUAAAUUACUGAACAGAAGGGUCACUCUUAAUGUUGGAGGAAUAAGACAUGAAGUUAUGUGGAAAAUGCUGCGGCAGAUUCCUAUGUCAAGAUUGGGACUCCUUGCAAAGGCACCGACCCAUGAUGCAAUUUUGGAGCUCUGUGCUGACUAUUCCCUUGUGGAAAACGAAUAUUUUUUUGACAGGCAUCCACGAUCCUUCAACACUAUUUUGAACUUCUACAGAACUGGAAAACUACAUAUAUCUGACGAAAUGUGCAUUCUUGCUUUCCGAGAUGAUCUUGAAUACUGGCUCAUAAACGAGGAAUAUAUGGAGUCAUGCUGUAGGGACAAGUUCCUGAGUAAGAAAGAGAUAAUAGUUGAAGAGAUGGAAGUAAUCUCGACUAAACUGAAAAAGGACGAAGAAGAAGAUUUUGGAACUGGAAAGUUUGCAAAAUAUCAGAAAAUGAUUUGGGAUCUCAUUGAACACCCAGAUACGAGUGUAGCUGCUCAGGUAAUAUCAGUUCUAUCUAUGGUGUUUGUUGGAAUCUCUAUUAUUGGUAUGACUAUUAAUACACUGCCCAGCCUGCAAUAUAAGGACGUACACGGCAAACCUAUAGACAACCCUACACUGGCAAUCAUUGAAACUAUUUGUAUAUCUUGGUUCACUUUAGAAUAUUUUAUCAGGUUAGCUGGCGCCCCUGGGAAAUGGAACUUCUUAAAGGACGGGAUGAAUAUUGUUGAUGUUCUUGCAAUAAUGCCAUACUUCCUAUCCCUAUUCUUCCUAGAUCAGGACCCCACCACACUACCCACUUCUGAAGGAGGACCUCCAUUCAUUGAGGUUACUGAGGCUCCUGUGAAGGAGGAGACAGGCUCUAUGGAGGACAUCCUUCAGGUGUUCAGGAUAUUCAAGCUGGCCAGGGUACUCAAGCUAGCCAGGCACUCUCCAGGACUGCAGGCCAUAGCUUACACUUUGAAGAACAGUUACAAAGAGCUAGGUCUGCUUAUCUUUCUGAUUUGUAUCAGUGGUCUUAUUUUUAGUAGUCUCUGCUAUUUUAUUGAGAAGGAUGAGGAAUCUGGAUUUACGUCAAUACCUACAGCAUUCUACUGGGUAGUUGUUACAAUGACUACAGUAGGAUAUGGAGAUAUAUUUCCUACAACAGGUUUGGGUAAACUGGUAGGCACGUUCUGUGCUAUAUCUGGUGUCUUAGUACUGUCUCUACCUAUUCCAAUCAUUGCUGGAAACUUUGAGAGAUUUCACAAAGACCAAGGACUCAGGGAUAAAGCCGAGAAAAGGAAGAAGCAGUUGAAAGCUGCGAAGAUUGCUGAGGAGGAGGAGAGAAGACAGUUCUGUGAGAGAAGGGAGGCUAUUCAUGGAUCUUGCCAGACCCUUCCAAAUUCUCCCACUUUCCUUCAUAUACCGGAUGGUGCUGUGAUGGGUAGAACCAAGUCCUGGCAUGGAAAAUCCACCAAACUCAAGAAAUCUCCUGUUCCCCUGGAGUAAAACACAAUUAAAUCUACCUCAUUAAAUGUAAAAGGGUCUGUUCAGGAAUUUGAAACUAUGAUAUCAGUUGACUUUUUUGAUCAGUUGAUUAGAGGCCGCAGUUACAGAAUUUAAACCGUGUCGCUGAACCGCCGGUUCCAAUUGAGUGUCGGCUCAAAUAUCGAAACACGUUGUAUACAAUUUCAAGCGGAACUAACCAAUGUUUGAGCCGCGUCUCAAAUUUGAUAUGCUGCUAAAAUUCUUUAAACUUGGCCUCAGAAGUUGUUUUAGAAGGGGUACUGGAUAAACGUCUAUAUAUGGAUCUCAAAAGAUUUUGUAUUAUUCAAAUUAGUUUUGUACAUAGUACAAUGUGUACUUUACACUGUACUCUGUACACUGUAUACUGUACACUGCAAAUUAUAACCUCUCAUUUAGCAAUUCCAAAUACAUUCCGCUCAUUGUAUAAAUACAAAGAGAAUAGAAUAUAUAUUUGAGGGGAAAUUAGAGAAUCUCUCGGUAUGAAUUUUUUCAGUCCCUU